GAGCCGAUCGCAGCUGAAAUGACCAACUAUUCAGCAACAAGACAUCUCAGUUUGUUUUUACAGGACAAAGAUGGCCUGCACACAUCUUCAGCAUGCAGAGUCAGAGGAGUCGGAGGUGAGGAUUGUGCUCUUGGGAAAGACCGGAGUCGGGAAGAGUGCGUCAGGAAACACCAUCCUUGGGAGGGAUGACUUCAGGACUAAACUGUCUUCUUCAUCUGAGACAGGAAAGUGCGACCGGAAGACGAGACAGUUUGAUGGACAAACUGUUGCUAUUGUUGAUACUCCAGGUCUGUUUCACACUAACAAAAGUCAGGACGAGGUGAUGAAAGAGAUCCUAGAAAGCAUCACUCUGAUUAUGCCCGGUCCUCAUGUGUUCCUGUUGGUGCUGAGGCAAGGUACCUUCUCAAGACAAGAUAAAGAAACGCUGGAGGCCUUCCAGAAAGUCUUUCAAGACGCAAAAUGCCAUACUAUUGUCUUGUUCACCCAUGGGGAUCAAUGUGAGGUUGAAGAGCAAUGCAAAGCUUUUAUCAAAAGCAAAAAAUAUCUGAACAUGUUCAUCAAUGAGUCCUGUGAGGCUUACCACGUAUUCAACAACAAAGUCAAGGAUGAGACUCAAGUAACCGGCCUGCUGCAGACGAUCAACAGCAUGCUCAGGAAAAAUCAAAGAAGCUACUACAGCAAUGACAUGUUCAAAAAAGCUGUGAUUGCUUUAGAAGAAUUGAUGCAAUGUCCUGAGAUAAAACUGGCAACUGAUCCCAAAGAGGCAGCAACAGUAUAUUUGGAGGCCUUGCUCUCUAAGGGUGUAUUUCUAAUGGGGGGACAAGCUCCAGGUCUGUUUAGAGGCGCGACAUGUUUCCUUGAAAAAGUGAAACAGGUGGCGUAUGAAUGCAUGCCACCUGAAGCUUUUGGGGUAGUCGGAGCUCAUCAAACCAAAAAACAUAUGAGACCGAAAAAUGACUAGUGGUUAAAAUGUGUAAAUUUAAUGUCAUGUCAUUUUCACAGAAAGCACCUUAAACAAUACAUUGUUUUCAAAAUGAUUAA